AUGCAUCUCUAUGCAGUCGAGCUUGGGGCUGCACUCUUUCUGGUAUGCGUCGGCGGUGACUCCGCAGCUUACGCCUUAAAGCUAUCGACAGCAGAGCGUCAACCCCAAUCCCGUUUGUUGGCAGAUGAACGGAUCGACACGGAGUCCCCAACGUCAUUGACGAACUUCGAGAGACUGGACAAAGACAGCGAAGAGAGGGUGUUUCCGGCUCAGGAGAUGAAGGGGAUUGAUUUGGCUGAGAAGAUGAAGCGGAUUGAUUCGUGGGUAAGCGAAACUCUGACUCAACACUUCGCAGAUUCAACGAUGAAGGCAGCGGGAAAACCGUCGCACCUCGAUGAUGAGACAUUCGCUGCUGCACAGAAGCAGAGCAUUUCCACCCCGCAGAACAAGCGCUGGACCGUCGACGACGAGAACUUUGGUGUAUCGUCCAUCGGAGAUCCGACGCGACCUUCCCACUUUGAUGGCGUGGUCGACGCACCCCUUACUGCGAAGUGGUCUACCUCUAAUACAUGGGAGGAGACUACAUCUGCGUUCGAGCUAUCGCAACAACCACGAUACGAGAAGUGGGUGAAGGAGGGCUUAUCCGGAGCUGAGGCUGCUCAUAAGCUCGAUUUCGACGACUACAAAGGUCUCGCUCAAAACCUGAAGACGCUAAAAGGAUACAUCAAGUUUCGGCAGAGCCAGGAGACUCUUCUUGAAUGUAUGACGAAAUACUGGGGCGACGAAGAGCUGUUGGUGUCGUUUAUUGGGCGGGCCAAGAUGAACAAGGGCGGAAAGAGUGCGGCUGAGGAACUGGAGAAUUUGCUCAUUGCAAAGUGGCUAGGUGAUGAAAACAUGAACCCCGCAGAGCUGCUGAGGGUCAUGGGCAUGGAAACAAUCGACGAUCUGAUCAGCCCCAAGCUGAAUACGGUGUUGAAGUACGUCGAAGUCUACAUUCUGAGGUCGAAGGACACGUCAUUCUCAGUGCUUGCGCCGGUCAGAAAGAAACUUGGAGACGAAGAGGUGGCGAGAGUUCUCAAUGCUGCAAGUAAGGAUCCUUUCAGCAGUGUGACUAGGGACAUUGCUGAGACGCUGCUAACUCUGCUGAAGAUGGAGUGGCUAAGUGAAGGCAAACCCAGGGAAGCAACCGUCGCGACGAUCAAGGCUCUAAGCGUCUGA